UUGUUUACAAUUACAAUAGCAUUGACGCAGAAGAGAAAGAUUAACAAUAACUAUUAUUCAUUCUAACUCUUUUCGCUCGUUAUAAAAUUUUCAGUUGCUUCAAAUUGAAAAAAAGUACGAAGCAAAAGCACUACUUUAUAUCAAUUCCGAAAAAUAUCAAAAUUGAAAAAUCAUAAUGGCACAGCCUCCACCCUACAACCCAAAUCAAUAUGGACAGGCAUCAGCACCUCCAGGCUUCGUCGCUCCCGGUGCUCCUCAAUACCAAUAUGGUCAGCCGCAACCACCAUAUGGCCAGCCUCAACAAUAUGGCCAGCCUCAACAAUAUGGCCAGCCUCAAGCAACACAAUAUGGUCAGAUCCAAGGGCAAGUCACUUACACAACAGUUGGCCACACUGUCGUCAUCCCGCAGAGACCAAUGCUCGGGAAAAACUGUUGCAUGGUGACAUGUCCCCAUUGCCGCAGUACUGUCACUACGAGUGUGGAUCACACUAUUGGUUCGGGGACAUGGAUGGCCUGUCUGAUGAUUAUGGGGAUCUCAUGCCUAGUCUCAUUGUUCAUUGGCGUCGGUAUCCUUGGGUGGUUUUUCUGCUGGAUUCCCUUCUGCAUGAACGACUGCAAGGAUGCAAGACACACAUGUCCCAACUGCAGACAGCUCAUCGGAACAUACACAAAAUGAUACGAAUGACACAAGGAUAACAAAAAAAAAGAAUCAAUACUGCAAACGAAUUUUCCAAGACAAACAAUAGACCCACUACGAAAACCACACACAAACUAAUUCAACGCUCAGUUUUUUUGCUUAAUUCUUG